GAGCUCAGAGGUUCAAUAGAGAAGCAGUGAGCUUCGGCUAGCCAGCUGUUCAACCGUAACCCCUCAUGAAUUUUGGAUAGCCCUCUUGCGUAAUUGCUGAUAUAAUAAAGGGUUUCAUCUUAAGAGCAAUAGAGGGCUAACGGAGCCGAUUCAGCUGGGUGUCGAUAGCUAAGGAACAGACGAUCACCUCGUUGGCAUGUGCAACACGAUGUCUUACCAGCAAACAGUAUUCCUUGUUGCCUGCUUCGGAAUCUUUACCAUCUUAACGUGUUGUCAAUGUUCCGAUCUCACAGAUAGGAAUGAUUAUUUACAAAAGGUUGAAAAUUCCAAACAAAAUGUUAAUAAAUUAGCGGCAUUACUGGCUGAAGAGCUGAUGAAUGAAGACAAAACUCCGAUAGAGGGGAGAGAAAAGAGGGUGUUCUGUAACGGUUUCUUUGGAUGCUCUAAUGGUCGCAAGAGGUCCCAGUCAGGGUCGUUGGAUAUUGCUCCUUUAAAUUACCCAAUCGAUGAACCGGAAGUACAGCCAAGCUUCCGGAAGAGACUCUUCUGUAAUACGGGAGGCUGUUUUGGAAAACGCUCAGGUCGAUAUAGGAGGUUUCUUGAAAAACUUGGUAAAACUGGCAAACUGGAAGACUAGUGAUGAAAAUAAUUCAUAGGAAAAGCUGUCCUAAUUCGUCCACCAUUCCUAUUUUUAAUACAGUAUGAUGCUAUUGAAGUCUCGCCCAAAUUGAUAUUUAGAGUGACUUCUGAAACAACUUGAUAAUUCCAGAAUUUGCGAAUUCAGUUUUUUAACGCAAAUAAAAUGUGUGAGUUUUCUUCUUUUUAGAUGUGAAACUGUUCAACGUUUUAUGUCAUAAAAAAGACUAGAUAUAGCUUAUUUCUUCCUUUCAUUUGUCAUUAUAAAUUCAAUUAUAUUUUAUUGCAGAUAUAAAAAUAGAUGUUAUACCAUGAAUUCAAAUUCAUUUCCCCGUUCUCUUAUUCAUAUCAUAUAGGAGUGUAUAUGUUUGUUAUUUUAUUUUUCAUACUUUUAUUUAUA